AUGGCGGGCAUGUUCAAGAACGUGUUUGGCUCCCAGGGAGCUAAGCCUGAUGAUGACUUCGCCGACUUCGUGGAAGCUCCCAAUCCAUCGCCUGCCUCCCUCCUCGCCGAUACCACCACCGUCCCCGCUGUGAACACGCUGGCCCCCAAUGCCGUCCCCUACACGGCCUGGUACCGCGUGUGGGAGAGGACAUCUCUGAGCGAUUUCAAGCAGGAGGCCAUGAUCAUGCCAGUUAUCCUUUUCAUUGUCCUCUUCCACCUCUGGGGGGCGCGCAAGAACCGCCGCAAGGCGCGGGAUUGGGCACAAGCCCACGGCCCUUCUCUUCAGAAGGAGUUCGCCGUUGUUGGGUUUGAGGGUAUUGCCCAACCGACCUCUGAGGAUGCCAUCACCGUCGAGCUGGCGAACCCCGAGUCGCUGAUCAAGGAGAGGUCUGCCUGCGAGUUCGCCGCGUAUGCGACGGGCCGCCAGAACGUUGCCUUCCUCGAUGUCAACCUCAAGAUGCCCAAGCGCUACAAUCCGAUCACCUACAUCAUGGAGUAUGUCUUCAGCUUCUUCUUUGAGAGCUGGGAGCCGCCCGUCGAGAAAUACGAGGCUCUGCUGUACGCUUUUGAUGGCAAGGAGAAGGACCUGGUCCCCGUACUCGCCAAGGACACUGCCCCUCUCAAGGUUCCCAGCUCGACUUAUGACGGCUUCAUCUGGGCUGUCGUUCACAAGAGCCACAUGCGCCAGUUCCGCAACGACCGCUACGAUGCCUCCAUCACUUUCUCCAAGGAUAACCCCAAGCUUCCGUCCUGGGUCACUGUGAUGACCGAGAGUGCUGAGAUCAGCGAUACUCUCCUCACCCCGGAGUUGAUCCAGGCUAUUGAGCAGGCCGGUAACAACUUUGAGUACUUGAUCGUCACCGAUCAGCCCGUCGACAAGCCCACCAAGAUCGACGAGACCGUCCCCAAGAAGCGCAUCCAGCUUUCCGCCAACCUCGCCUCUUCCGUCUCUGGCUACUCCUCCACUCUCCCCCUGUUCAACCAGUUCCUGCGUUUGGCUGACAAGCUGGUCGCCUCUGCCCACUUCCGUGCUGAGGUUAUGCGCAAGAUCCGUAACGUCCGCGAUGAGGAGAUUAAGAAGCUCCGUCGUAUCGAGGAGGACGAGAAGGCUGAGGAACGCCGCCUUGCCGCCGAGAAGAUCAAGAAGGAUGAGCGUGAGCGUAUCUUGCGCGGCAUGAGCGCCGAAGAACAGCGCAAGUUCCUCGAUCGGGAGUCUCAGAAGGAGCAGAGACGUUCGAUGAAGAAGAGCACUCGGAAGGGUUGA